UAUCUUUACUUUUCUUUCUUUCACUCUCUUUAUAUAGCGGCCUCAGAUCAUUUUCUUUUCUCCAAUCGACUUCUACUUCUACUUCUACUCUCAACUUCGUCUGCAAUUUUUUCUCUGCUUAAUUCGUUUCUGUAAAUCUCUUAUCAGAUCAUCAUGGGUUCUGGAAAGAUCAAGAUCGGAAUUAAUGGAUUUGGAAGGAUCGGUCGUUUGGUUGCCAGAGUUGCUCUUCAGAGGGAUGAUAUUGAGCUUGUAGCUGUUAAUGAUCCCUUCAUCACUACUGAUUAUAUGACCUACAUGUUCAAAUAUGACAGUGUUCACGGUCAAUGGAAGCAUCACGACGUCAAGGUUAAGGACUCGAAGACCCUUCUCUUCGAUGAGAAGCCAGUGUCGGUUUUCGGUGUCAGGAACCCUGACGAGAUCCCAUGGGGUGAGACUGGUGCUGAGUUCGUCGUUGAGUCAACUGGAGUGUUCACAGACAAGGACAAAGCUGCUGCCCACUUGAAGGGUGGUGCCAAGAAGGUCGUCAUUUCUGCCCCAAGCAAAGAUGCCCCCAUGUUUGUUGUGGGUGUCAAUGAGCAUGAAUACAAACCUGACAUUAACGUCGUCUCCAAUGCUAGCUGCACCACAAACUGUCUUGCUCCCCUUGCCAAGGUUAUCAACGACAGAUUUGGCAUUGUUGAGGGUCUCAUGUCCACUAUCCAUUCCAUCACAGCCACUCAGAAGACCGUUGAUGGACCAUCAAGUAAGGACUGGAGAGGAGGAAGAGCUGCUUCCUUCAACAUCAUCCCUAGCAGCACUGGAGCUGCCAAGGCUGUUGGGAAGGUUCUGCCACAAUUGAACGGAAAAUUGACUGGAAUGUCCUUCCGUGUUCCCACUGUUGAUGUCUCGGUGGUGGAUCUCACAGUGAGGCUUGAGAAGGCGGCUACCUAUGACCAGAUCAAGGCUGCCAUGAAGGAGGAGUCGGAGGGUAAGUUGAAGGGUAUCUUGGGAUACACCGAGGAUGAUGUGGUAUCUACCGACUUUAUUGGUGAUAGCAGGUCGAGCAUCUUUGAUGCCAAGGCUGGAAUUGCCCUGAACGAUCGCUUUGUUAAGCUGGUCUCUUGGUAUGACAACGAGUGGGGUUACAGCACUCGUGUGGUGGACUUGAUCGUCCACAUGGCCAACACCAAAUGAAGCGUAGCUUGAUGGGUGGUGGCAACAAUUGAAGCCAAGGCAGUUUGUUCUGAAGUGUUUUUGAAAGUGCGGUCCUCUUAUGUGUCCAUCAUGGUAUAAGUAGGUAGAUGAUGAAUUCAAAUAAAUCAGGACAACGUUUUGGGUUUUACUUGAAAAUGUUAAUUGAGAACUAAUGAGUUGUUUUGUGUGUAUUAGUGUUUCUGUGUAUGGGUAAUAUAGGGUUAGGUAGCUGCUGAUGAAUUGGAAUAAGUCAGGACAGUAUUUACGGUUUUACAUGAAAAUAUCAUUUUGAGCCUGUAAUGCUGUUUAUCUGGUUUUGUUAUUCUCUUUUGAGUUUGGAAUGAUAUCCGGCCUUCCUGGCAAAUUCCACAA